UUCCGGUCAUCGCGAUAUGCGGACACCGAAGAAAAAUGCACCGUGGGGAUCGACGCACUCCACUGGCAGUCCGGAUCGGGCGCGCUCUCAGGCGGGGCACGCCGCCGUACCCGUGCUUCUUGCUCAUCUUCGUGCGCAGCUCGUUGAGAGACACGCUUUCGCCGGCAUCGUGUGCUGCGAUGAGAGCGGCCGCGAUCCCGGAUGUGACGCGGAGAAGCUGCUCGGCCUGUGAAGGGCCGCCGGUUUUGGUCUUCUGCACCAUGAUGAAAGUCGAGGAGAAAUAAUCUGCGGUCCGAUAACUAGCCGAGAUAUGUGUUUAUCUAUAUUUGGAGGUCAGAAGCGCUGUAAGUAUACCUUGAUAUUUCUCGCUGAUUGCUGCCACGUUCGCGCACGCUCGCUUCAAAGUUCUUUGGUUUCGCGAGAAUGCCCCCUCCGAACGUGGUGGAUCCUUGGUUUGCGGGACGCCAUUUCGGCAUCGUUAUAGACGCGGGUUCGUCGGGAUCACGGAGUCAGAUCUACAGCUGGAAAGACGCGAGCGCCAUAUCUGUGGAACCUGGGAGCGAGCUCGCCAAGUCGCUGCCGAAGGUGGAGAAGGGUACACGGGAUGGGGAUAAGUGGGUGACUAAAGUCGAGCCAGGUAUUUCCUCGUAUGCCGACGACGUAGAAAACAUUGCCAACCAUCUGCGGCCGCUAAUUUCUCAUGCGCGGACUUUGAUACCGCCGUCCCUGCAGCCCAGUACACCGCUGUUCUUGCUAGCCACUGCGGGCAUGCGUUUGUUACCACCGGAGAAGCAGGCCGCCGUGCUACAGGCCACCUGCGAGUUCAUCGUCCAGCAUUCUGAAUUCCACUUGGAAGGUCCCUCGGCUGCAGGUCCCUGUGGAUCGAGUAUACGGAUCAUCACAGGCGAGGAAGAGGGUCUGUUCGGGUGGAUAGCUGUCAACUACCUCAUGGACGGGUUCUUGGAGAGCCAGACGACAUUCGGCUUUUUGGACAUGGGGGGAGCAUCAACGCAGAUUGCCUUUGAGCCCGAAGCGGGGAACGUGGACGACGAAAUGUCCCUCAUCGACGUGCGACUGCGAACCCUGGGCGGGACCGAGAUCCACCACAAGGUUUUCGUCACAACAUGGCUCGGUUACGGGACGAAUCAAGCACGGGAACGAUAUGUGGGCAAGGCGAUCACGGAGCAUGAGAGCCAGCGUCCGGAGGGAGGCGAUGAUGUGGUGCACGACCCAUGUCUGCCUGUGGACCUCGAACUCGCGGAACACCCAGUCCACCUCGGGCCCUCGUCGGAUCAUGCCCAGAAAACGCACAAGCUGGUUGGCACCGGCUCAUUCGAGAAAUGCAUGCAGAAGACGGCACCGCUGCUCAACAGGAAUCAACCGUGCCCAGAUACUCCAUGCCUCAUGAACGGUGUCCAUGUGCCCACUAUCGACUUCUCCGUGUCUCAUUUCAUCGGCGUGUCCGAGUAUUGGUACUCCUCCGAGCAUGUGUUUGGCUUGGGCGGUGCCUACGAUUUCGUGCAAUAUGAGCGAGCGGCAUCCAAAUUCUGCUCGCGAUCUUGGAGCGGAAUCGUCAAGGAGCAUGAAGCCACGAGAUCAGGGCAGUCGCAUUUCCAUCCAGGUGACGGAGAGGUUGAGGAAAACGGCAAGGUCGUUGCAGUUGGGAAUUGGAGCGACAAAGUUCAGAUUUCGCGACUGGAGAUGCAGUGCUUCAAAGCUGCUUGGAUUGCCAAUGUCCUCCACGAAGGAAUCGGUAUGCCCCGGAUAAUCGACGCUGGGGGAAACAACACAACAGAUGGCGAGAAGGUCGCACAACAAGCGCAGAAGAAGGGUCUUGGUCGGCCGACCUUCCAGUCGGUCGAUACAGUGGGGGAAAUUGCCAUCAGUUGGACGCUCGGGAAGAUGGUUUUGGAAGCCAGUAAAGAAGUGACGCCGCUGGUCAAGAGCACACCACCUAUUGUCGACCCUCUAGAUGAGCCUAUCAACAGCGACUCCCCGAUCCGACCUAUCCGACCACUAUAUUUCGACUUGGAUGCCAUUGAAAAUCGGCUCGAGUCGCACUUACCCCAAACCUUGACACGAAGCUCGCUCGGGUUUUCUCCUGUCAUGUUCCUAUUCUACUGCACGCUGAUCAGCGUCUUAAUAAUGGUGACGUACCCGCUCCGACGGCGAUUACGAUCCGUUUUCCUGCGGCUUUUGCGAGACAGAAAGUCGCUCUCGAUGGAGGAAGGCAAAGUCUCCGCUGGCCCCAGUCGCUUGGCACGCUCUGUAGGGAAGAUAUUCUCCCUUCGCCGACCAAAUCACCCGACCGGACUCAAUCUAGCGGGUACGACACCUAUCAACGGAUUCGGGAGCGGUUAUUACAGCCCAACGGUAGUAGCCUUCGGAGGAGCGGCUUCGCCUCGUUCUCCCGGUCGUAUGCUGGCUGCCUCCACAAGCUCGCGGUCUGUCUCUCCGGCUCCUGGGAUGAUGGAGGAGGAUGGCAUUCUCGGCGCUCCAGGACUGCAGGGAUUGAGCUCACGCUCGAGAAAUUCAUCUCAGAAAAAUCUACCGAGCUUGUUACAACCGAGAUCCCGCGUGCCUUCUGAUAGCUACUAAGUUGUUGGUUCUAGCACCGUCACGGACUCAUACAACGCCGUCAUCCUGUAUCACUUAUAUCAUUAUUAGAGUACACAGCGGUAUCAUGGACCUCCACGCAUCAUCUAUGAAACACUCAUGAACUCAUCAGACUCGAUGACGGGCUGAAUGCUAGUAUCGAAGAUCAUUGGCGACGGCGGCCUGCACGUGGAUGAGAGUAAUCUCAAAGGGUCUUGAGGCGGCGGGCCUUGAAUGCGCACAAAAGAGUCAAGACAAUGGCAAUGCGCCGCAUUGGCAUCUCAAUCGCGAGAUCAAUCAAAGUCACCUGAUGUUAUUCCCUCUUUUGAGAGGCCACCAUCCACCAUCCUGAACUCUCUCAGCGUCGGACACCGCCGAAUAUUCGCGCUAUUGUAUCCACCCCUCGGUGUCAUUGGAACACAAGCGCCGUAAAGCAGUCUGUGAAAUCCCUUCAACAUUUAGACUAAGAGAAAGGAUAGCCCGACAUGAGCUCGCGACCCACUCUUGCUCUACAGCCAUCCGUGAGUACGACCACGGUCGUGACGACGACUACGACCACGACCACUUAUGCCCCCAUACAACUCCCUCCUCUUCCCCCAGCGAUAGAACCGACAGAUCCGAAAGAGUACCCCCUCCUGCACGCGACGUUCCCCAGCAGCCUGCGCCAAUUCCCCCUCGUAUUUCCCGGCGGCACCCGCGCGACGUUCAGGGAAGGCGAUGAUGCGAACGAAGAUGACCACGAUACCCAUGGCGAGGGAUGGCGGAUGCUGCGGCAUGAUGACGCGCCCGAGCCAGUGGUUGGUUUGGCUGAGGCGGUAGACCGGUAUGGGAAGAAGCGGGCCUGGGAAGAGGAGGAGGGAUCGCGAAAGAAGCCGCGACCGCCUCCCUCGCCGCCCGGCUCGCGGCAGGGCUCCCCAUUCGAACCGGACUUGGCCCUGACCACGUUGUUGACACUGCCAUCGCUGCUGAAUCACUUUACCGCACUUCCGGUGCCCCUGCAGUCGCACUUCCUGCUGACACUGCUUCGACAUUCACCGCUUCCAGUUCUCCGGACGUUACAUUCCGUGCUGACGCCGACGCUCGCACGCGAUUUUCUGACGCUCCUGCCACCGGAGCUUGCCUCGCACAUUCUGUCAUUCCUACCGUUUUCGACCCUUUCUCGGGCCUCUCGUGUCUCGAAAUCAUGGCGCUCGCUGAUCGAUGCCGACCCACUCGUGUGGACGUCCUUGCUCAAGUCGUCCGGCAUGCACUGGAACUCGGAAGCGGCCUUCCUCCGGGCAUAUCGCCGGCUGCCGUAUCCGCACAAGGCGCUGUUCCAGUCGCGCUACCUGACACAGGCCCGAUGGGCAGCGACCACAGCCCCCAAGCACCGAAGUUUUCCGGCACAUGGAAGCAGCGUUGUGACAUGUCUAAUUCUCUCCCGCGGUCGGAUUAUCUCGGCUUCUGACGACCAUUCGAUCCAUGUCUACGAUUCUAUCGCCGGCGAGCUUCGAUUGGCGCUUCAGGGCCACGAGGGUGGUGUCUGGGCGCUGGCUGCCACUCGUGAUACACUGGUCUCCGGGUCGACCGAUCGCACGGUGCGGAUAUGGGAUCUGUCGACUGGCCGCUGUACGCAUGUAUUUGGAGGACAUACGAGCACUGUGCGGUGUCUGGCUAUCGUCCAGCCUGAAUGGGUGGAGAUGGAGGAUGGCCGGAGGGAAAAGUGGCCGAAACGGGCUACGAUCGUUACGGGAUCGCGGGACCAUACAUUGCGGGUGUGGACGCUACCGAGGCCUGGUGAUGCGCCGUAUUCGUCAUUCGACGAGGGUGAUCCUGAUGACGUGGAAGACAAUCCAUAUCAUAGGCUUUUCCUCGAGGGACACGAACAUGCCGUCCGUGCAUUGGCCGCCAGAGGACGGACGUUGGUCUCUGGGUCGUAUGACUGCACUGUCCGGGUUUGGGAUCUCGUUACAGGGGCAUGUAAAUGGGUUUUAGUGGGGCAUACACAGAAAGUUUACAGCGUGGUACUUGAUCUACCGCGUCAGCAGGCUUGUUCGGGCUCGAUGGAUGGGACAGUGCGCAUCUGGGAUCUCAAGACGGGCCGCUGUGCACACACGCUGACUGGACACACAUCUCUCGUGGGCCUGCUAGGCCUGUCGCCCCGGACGCUGGUGAGCGCCGCGGCGGACUCGACUCUGCGUGUGUGGGAUCCCGAGACGGGCGCGCUGCUGCACACCCUGGCUGCGCACACUGGCGCGAUCACGUGCUUCCAGCACGACGAAUUCAAAGUCCUCAGUGGCAGCGACGGGACGCUCAAGAUGUGGAAUCUGCGGGAUGGGACGGUGACGCGUGAUCUGCUGACGGGGAUCACUGGGGUGUGGCAGGUUGUGUUCGAAGGCCGGUGGUGUGUCGCUGCGAGCAAUCAGACGCGUGCGGGUGUGCUUCAGACGGUGCUCGACGUGUGGGAUUUCGCCGAAGAGGGCGAAGACUGGGUUGGCGAGCCCCCUGGCGGGGUGUAUGACGUGAGCGACUGGAGCGACGAUGACGACGACGAGGAAGAGGAGGAACCCGGCUAUGCGUAUCGCGUGACGAACGACAUCGAGGACGUCGAGAUGGCCACCGCGGACGACGAGGAGGAGCAGGUCAGCGCGAUGGACCUGAUGUUCGAUGAUACCUCCGAGACCCUGUCGUACGACGAGGACAAGGACCGGUUCAGCUCGCCGCCCCCGACGCACAAAAGCGGCCGCCGCAGACGGGUGGCUUCGCCGUCUGGGGGCUCGGCCGGCCAGAGCAGCUCGCGGGGGUCUUCUGGUUGGCGUCAAGCCUCAGGCUCCCGGUCGCAGCGAAGAAGCAGUCGUCGUUGACAGCUUGCCUCUAGGACACUGUAGGAAUGUGUGUUGCAUAUCCAUAGAAAAUCAUAUCUGUGUUGUUAUCUGUAAUGUAUAAAAAAAGUAUGUCUUUCACCAGCCUCCAGUGAAUCGAC